UUGUUUUUCUCCAGGUUCCAGAUCAACGGUCAGGAGACAGGGUGGUGUGGGCAGGGCUGCCAGGCCAUCGUGGAUACAGGCACCUCCAUGCUGACUGCACCCAGACAGAUCAUGGGAACCCUGAUGCAGUCCAUUGGAGCCCAGCAGGACCAGUACGGACAGUACACAGUGAACUGUAACCAGAUCAACAGCCUGCCUACUCUCACCUUCACCAUCAAUGGAAUCAACUUCCCCCUGCCGCCAUCUGCAUACAUCCAGCAGAACAACCAGGUCUGCUCCGUGGGGAUCACCCCCACCUACCUGCCGUCCCAGAACGGACAGCCCCUGUGGAUUUUGGGAGAUGUUUUCCUCAUGCAGUACUACUCCGUCUACGACCGCACAAGCAACCAAGUGGGCUUUGCCACCGCAGCCUAAACCUGACCAACAUGACCAUGACCGCAAACCAACACAGACACCGACCYUUCUUAGAAGUCUACCAUCCCAAACCUCACACAGAAUCUAUUCCYCCUCUGGCCAUUCUAGAACAUCAAUCACCAAAGGCAUCUAUUCUGAAUCACCCAUAGCAACCUCUCUGGUUAUUAUAAUACAUCUAUUACCCAUGGCAACCYCUCUGGUCAUUAUAAUACGCAUAUUACCCAUGGCAACCACUGUGGGUCAGUUUGUCUUUGGUCCAGUGGGGUUAAAGCAAGCAUGGACAUCAUUGGGUUAAAGCUGUGGUCUUUGUUAGAUGACAUCUGCUAAUAUKUUCAGUUCAMCUGUAAGGUGUAAGGUUGUUUCCUUUCUACUCUGGCAUUGCAAUGACAACCUCCUAGUUCCCAGACAACAUCGGAUGUGAACACYGGUUCAGCCAUGUUGCMGAUUGCAUCAUGAUGCUGAGUUGCAAUUCUGAGUUGAGUGAAAAAGAAAAUGACAUACAGAAAUACAGUGAAAUAUGAAAAUAUGAUUUUUGACAAAUAAACGCAUUUCAUCUCAAGACUGGAUGUAUUUGGUGUUUGUUUAGCUUCCAUUUAGACUGAAUAAACUAUUGAAGUGCACAAUAA